CCUGGUUUCUGUUUUUCACUGUGUUGGGAUAACACAUUCUGGCUAGCUAUUAGUUGCUUAGCUAGCCAUAUUAGCUUAGCCAUGGUAUAUGCACUUUCCAACACCGCUGUUCGGUUUAAAAAGUAGCUAACACGUUCACUUCCCAGCUUUUUCGUACUUAAUAGAAGUAAAUGUGAAAACAUAUCCCGGUAGUUUUUACUUGUCCCAGCCCAAGAUGCGUAGCGCUGUAGACUAAAGCUAGCGAACAUUGUUAGCAUAAGCUAACCUAUAACAGUUGUGCUGUUUGAAUGGUAAGGAUGUCUGUGCUGUAAUGGCAGAUAAAGACAGUAUUAGAAGCUGUACUAUGUUUUACUUUACAGUUAGGUCUCCCGUCCCCAUCAUCCUGAUACGAAGCAGCAGACAUGGUAGAGCCCUCAACACACAAGUUUGCAUCCCUACAAGAGGAGCUGGGCUUCUGGAAGGAGCAGGCAGAGGCACAUCAGCGGAGGGCUGACGAGGCUCAGGAGGAGCUGCAGGAGUUUCAGCAGAUGAGUCGAGACUAUGAAGCAGAACUGGAAACCGAGCUGAAGCAAUGUGAAGGUCGAAACAAAGAGCUGCUUAUAGACAACAACCGACUUCGUAUGGAACUGGAAAGCAUAAAGGAGAAAUUUGAGGCUCAGCAUUCUGAUGCUUAUAGGCACAUCUCAACCCUGGAGGAUAAUCUUGCACAAACCAGUGCAGUGAGAGAUCACCUGCAAAAAUAUAUCCGAGAGCUAGAGCAGUCCAAUGACGAUCUGGAGAGGACCAAAAGGGCCACCAUCAUGUCUCUGGAGGACUUUGAGCAGCGGAUGAACCAUGUCAUUGAAAGGAAUGCCUUUCUUGAAAGCGAGUUGGACGAGAAAGAGAACCUGCUUGAGUCCGUUCAGAGAUUGAAGGAUGAAGCAAGAGACCUUCGUCAGGAGCUGGCUGUACGUCAGAAGGAAAGACGGCCGUCCAGCAGCCUCGGCAAAGACACCGAUCGAGCAGAUCUGCAAUGCCCCUUAGCUGGUAACCCUUCCAUCCCUGUCACACCCUCCAAACCCAUCAGCUCAUUUGCAACGCCCCCUGCUUCCAGUAUCCGACGAGGGGACGGUCUAACAGGGACUCCGCUUACAACAUCUGCUAGAAUAUCUGCACUCAACAUCGUAGGGGAGCUGCUGAGAAAAGUUGGAAAUCUGGAGUCCAAGUUGGCGUCGUGUCGAGACUUUGUGUACGACACGUCUGUCAGCAGACCAGCACUUGCACCGGGCCCUGGUAGUCCUUCUGGCUUAGAAAGAGGCCCCGAGGUCCAAGCUAGCAGCAUGAGCCCCCCUCCUCAGUACGACAGUUUAGUGAAGCGGUUAGAGUUUGGACCAGCUCCUCCGAGAGGCAUCUCCCAGGGUGCCCAGUCUCCGCAGGCAGGGGUCAAGAUUCUGCUAUGAGGGACAAAGAAGUGGAAGCCCCUCCCUCCUUCAAUAACCUGACAACGACUUCCUUGUCCCCUUUCCAUCCUUGAUAAACUACAGCAAUUGAACUGAGCUGUCUUCCCUUGUCGCCACGUGCCCUGCUGAACUAUUUUGAACAAGAAAGCCACUCUCCUUGCUCCAUUCCCUUACAUAAUCAGCGCAUGGGCUUCUGCUGCCUCAGGCUAGUAUCACACCAUAUCUAUGAGAAGGAAGCAGCACCACAGCUUGUGUAAAAAUCAAAGAACGGAGAACCUACUGCUCACACUAUAUAUUCUGCUGUAUCUUUGACACUGUGGUGGGUAGCAUCUAAAAA